GGCAGGGCCGCACGUGCCGGGCGGAGGAGCGCCGGGCCGGCUGCGCCUCCCGGGCCGGGGCCGCCAUGGGGAGGAAGCUGGACCCCGCGCGGAAGGAGAAGCGCGGCCCCGGGCGCAAGGCCCGCAAGCAGCGCGGCGCCGAGGUGGAGCUGGCCCGCUUUCUGCCGCCAGAGGCAGAGCCCGGCCGCAAGAAACUGUCCAGCCACGGGCGCAGGAGGGCUGCGAAGAGGCGGCGGGCGGCGGGUGAGGAGCCGCGCGGGGGGCGGCAGGUCGGAGUUAAAGAGCAGGUAUCCCCACCAAAGGAGAGACUACCCAAAAAGGUAGCAGCGCAACCCUCUCAUUGCCAGUCUGGCUUCAGUGAUGGUAAUUCAAAAUGGCUGACUCCAGCCAAAGCAAAGAAAAUCCAGUCUGAAGAUGAUAACGUGGAGUUGUCCAGUGAUGGUGAGGAAAAAGAGGGCAUCUGGGAGAUGGAGGAAGAGGAGGAUGGAAGCAGUGAGGAGAUGGUUGAUGAUUAUGGUGCCUCAUCCUCUGAGGAAGAAGAGUUGCUGCCCAUUGAAAAAGCUGCUCUGAAGCAGAAAUUUGACAGGGGAGGUCUUAGUGAAGACGACAGUGAAGAGGAAGAGGUGGUAGAAAAGGCAAGCAAGCAGAAAAAGGAGCAGAAGGAAGAAGAGAGUGUGGAUCUGCAGCUCAAUCUGGAUGUAGACGAGCAAUUCAAAUUGCCAACUGAUGAACAGAUUGAGAGGGAGACUGCUGAGCCACCUGAUUUGCACAUCAUUCACCAGCGUAUCAAGGGCAACAUGGAGGUGCUGCAGGAUUUUGGGGUGAAGCGGGAGGAAGGACGUACACGACAGGAGUACCUUACAUUACUGCGCCGGGACAUGGCUGCCUACUAUUCCUACAGUGACUUCUUGCUGAAGAAGCUCAUGGACAUUUUCCCACUCCCUGAGCUGAUAAACUUUCUGGAAGCCAAUGAGGUUCCCCGCCCUGUGACCAUUCGCACCAACACACUCAAGACACGACGACGGGAUCUGGCACAAGCUCUAAUUAACCGUGGCGUGAAUCUUGACCCCUUGGGGAAGUGGUCAAAAACUGGACUUGUUAUUUAUGACUCCUCUGUGCCCAUUGGCGCCACCCCUGAGUAUCUGGCUGGCCACUACAUGCUGCAAGGAGCUUCUAGUCUUCUCCCAGUCAUGGCUCUGGCUCCACAGGAGAACGAACGCAUCCUGGAUAUGUGCUGUGCCCCAGGAGGCAAGACCAGCUACAUAGCUCAGCUUAUGAAGAACACAGGUAUGAUCUUGGCGAACGACAGCAAUGCUGAGCGGUUACGUAGUGUGGUGGGGAACUUGCAUCGGCUGGGAGUCACCAAUGCUGUAGUAAGCAACUGCGAUGGGCGCCAUUUCCCCAAGGUGCUGGGAGGGUUUGAUCGUGUCUUGCUGGAUGCUCCUUGUAGUGGAACAGGUGUAAUUUCCAAGGAUCCUGCUGUCAAAACCAAUAAGGAUGAGAAAGACAUCCUGCGCUGUGCUCACCUGCAGAAGGAGCUGAUUCUCAGUGCUAUUGAUUCUGUUAAUGCUGCCUCAGAGACAGGGGGCUACAUUGUCUACUGCACUUGCUCCAUCACAGUGGAAGAGAAUGAGUGGGUCGUAGAUUAUGCCCUGAAGAAACGCAAUGUUCGUUUGGUGGCCACAGGCCUGGACUUUGGCAAGGAAGGUUUCACCAGAUUCAAGGACCGUCGCUUCCAUCCCUCUCUCAAGUCUACACGACGUUUCUAUCCCCACACUCACAACAUGGAUGGGUUCUUUAUUGCCAAGUUCAAGAAAUUCUCCAAUGCCAUUCCCAAGGCACAAAAAGAUGAAGAACCUACUGCGGAAGCAGCAAAUCCAGUGCCCGUCUCUGAUACUGUCAUGGAGCCUCAGUCAAAAAAGAAGAAACUUGAGGGAUCAAAAGUUGCCAAAGGUCAGAAGAAGCCACAAUCUGCUUUGAAGAAGAGACAUUCUUUGCAGGCACAGAGCAGAUCUGUGAAGGCUGGCCGACCUUCUCCCCGGGUGUUGCGUGCUCAAGUCCCUGCCAGAAAGAAGCGUAGAGUAAACCAGAAUGAACAGUGAGAUGAACUGCUUUUCUAAGUGUUGAUCCCUUCCUUGGAGCAUAAAGGUGAGGAGCUGCCCUGGCUAUCUAUGUACCAUCUUGUCUUUCUUGCUCUGUGCAGAUAAUUAGUGCAGUGGUGAGCUCAUGGGACAGCUAUUGCUCAUUGUACUCCUUGCCUUCCUCUGCAACAAGGGCUGGUACUGACCUAUUAAAAGUUUUAUAUUCUUACUCAAA